AUGAAUUUCCUCUCUGCCCUCUCCCAGCCAAGAGUCACAGAUCGAUGCCCAGGAGGUAGCUGGGAGGGGCUGGCAGAAGGACUAUGCAGGGGAAGAUGGACUCUUCUAAGGACCAGCUUGUUAGAGGGCUCUAACCUCAGGGACUUCGCUGGCCUCACUCAGAAUCCCCAGCAGGUGUCCUCAACACCGCAAUAUCAAAAGCGUCUGUUCCAUCCCAGACGAGGUUCUUCUCAGUGUCACACCUGCCCAUAUCUCGCAGACCCGUGGGGCCAGCCAUCGUACUUCCACGACAAUUUUAGCAAGAUUUUGCUCCAUCAGACACCUUCCCAGGAUCACCAAAAGGGUAAUCCAUCACAAAUCACCACGGGCAGAAACACCAACCAGCUCCACAACACACAGGUCCCCAAGACCAGAGCCCCCAACUCCUCUGGGGAAGGCUUGGGGCACCGCAGGCGCUGUUGUCCUUUCCGGGUCCGAUUCGCUGACGAGACCCUACGAGACAGCACACUCCGCUAUUUGGAGCGACGCUGUACAGUCCCGAACAACAUCAAGAGCAGGGCCACUCUGCUGCCGGAGGUCUCCAACCAGGCGUUCGGGAACGUUCAGAAAUGGCUGGAGAAUUUGCCCAGAGCCCUGCCCCCCAGGGCCAAGGAGGAAGCCAGGCCCAGCGCCUGGUGCUGGGACCGCCCCCGCCUACUGCGCCAGGAGCGGCAGGGCUACCUUUCUGAGGACGCCUCAAUGAAGAACAGGCUGCCAGGGCCACUCACCUCCAGGGCCACCACCCAGAGGCAAAGGGGGGCCCUCAGAAACUCCCCGGAUACCCCCAACAUCCUGGAUCAGGAGUCCUUCCUGCCCAACUUGGUGCUGCAGUCCAUCCUGAAGUGAGGCCACCCCAAGGGCUACCAGCUCCUCCUGCCUCCCACAAUCCUGCAGCAGGUGCAGAGGUGAAUGCCCACCGGAGCCCCAGCCCAGGGGAGCACACAGUCCAGGCAGUGAGGAGAGUCUCCCUUGCCCCACAAAUAAACGCACAUUCCAGGUGGCUGGGAUCUGCCACUAGGUCUCCGUU